AUGGGAAGAGCACCGUGCUGUGACAAAGCCAACGUAAAGAAAGGACCAUGGUCUCCUGAAGAAGAUGCAAAACUCAAAGCCUAUAUUGAGAAAUAUGGUACUGGUGGCAAUUGGAUUGCUCUUCCCCAGAAAAUUGGGCUUAGAAGAUGUGGAAAGAGUUGCAGACUCCGAUGGCUAAAUUACCUUCGUCCCAACAUCAAGCAUGGUGGAUUCACCGAGGAAGAAGACAGCAUCAUCUGUAACCUCUAUAUUAGUAUUGGCAGCAGGUGGUCCGUAAUUGCAGCACAACUACCAGGAAGAACAGACAAUGAUAUCAAGAAUUACUGGAACACCAGAUUGAAGAAAAAGUUACUCGGAAGGCACAAACAGUCGACUCACGCGAGCAGGCUCUCAAUUGCAGAUGAUCAGAGCCCAAAGGGUGUAGAUGAUAAUGCCUAUUUGCAGAACUUGAGCAGUUCAGCACUGGAAAGACUUCAGCUCCACGUGCAGCUUCAAGGUCUACAAAACCCUUUCUCUUUCUACAAUAAUCCUGCACUUUGGCCCAAGUUGAAUCCCCAAAAAAUGAUACAAAACCUCCAAUAUUCUUUGAAUGAAAAUCAAAAUAUUAUUAUGCCACAAGCCCCUCAUAGUCCAAAUCCCACUGCUGUUAGACUUCAACAAGAGUAUUGCACUAUGAACAACUUCAAGGUUACCGAGCAACUGAACACGAACACGGACAUUGACACAGGAGUUAAGACAGGAUCAACAUAUACCCAAUCUGAACUUGAUGAUUUCCUCAGCAAAGAAGCUGCUAAUGUGCAACCUACAGAGAGUCAGAUAGCAGAAUUUGAUUGUUUCCGAAAUGUUGAAUGGUGGUCUAAUGAAUUUGAUUAUUCCUCAAGAUCUGGGGACUCGGCUUCUUUUCUUCAUCAAUCUGAAGAAAUGUGUCAAGAAUAUGGACUAGGUACUCUAGGAUACAAUUUGCAGAAUCUGUCACAAACUGGGUCAAUAUGA